GCGAGACCCGGAAGCCGGAAGUUAAGUACAGGCGUCCGAACGCGGUGCGGCUCUGUCGGAGUUGGCGGGAGCCGAGCUGGCUGCCACUUCGGUGGUCUUCGCCGGGCUUCACGGUGGAGUUCCGCUCCGAGGCCUGCAGGAUGCGGGUGGCUGUGGCCGGCUGCUGCCAUGGCGAGCUGGACAAGAUCUACGAGACGCUGGCGCUGGCCGAGCUGCGUGGCCCCGGGCCCGUGGACCUUCUUCUGUGCUGCGGCGACUUCCAGGCGGUGCGCAACGAGGCCGACCUGCGCUGCAUGGCGGUGCCGCCCAAGUACCGGCACAUGCAGACCUUCUAUAGAUACUACUCUGGAGAGAAGGCGGCCCCAGUUCUCACAAUCUUCAUUGGCGGAAACCAUGAAGCCUCAAAUCAUCUGCAAGAGUUACCCUAUGGUGGUUGGGUGGCACCAAACAUUUACUAUUUAGGUCUGGCUGGUGUGGUAAAAUACCGAGGUGUAAGAAUUGGUGGGAUCUCUGGCAUCUUUAAAUCUCAUGACUAUCGAAAAGGUCAUUUUGAGUGCCCCCCUUAUAAUUCAUCUACAAUAAGGAGUAUAUAUCAUGUGCGAAAUAUUGAAGUCUACAAACUAAAACAGUUGAAGCAGCCUAUAGAUAUAUUUUUAUCUCAUGACUGGCCAAGAAGUAUAUAUCAUUAUGGAAAUAAGAAGCAACUUCUUAAGACCAAAUCCUUUUUCCGACAAGAAGUGGAAAAUAACACGUUAGGGAGUCCUGCUGCCUCAGAGCUCUUAGAGCACCUAAAACCAACUUACUGGUUUUCUGCACAUCUUCAUGUGAAAUUUGCAGCCUUGAUGAAGCAUCAGGCCACAGAUAAAGAGCAAGCAGCCAAAGCAACGAAGUUUUUAGCCUUGGACAAAUGCUUACCACACAGAGACUUUCUUCAGGUGUUAGAAGUAGAGCAUGACCCCACUGCUCCUGAGUACUUGGAAUAUGAUAUCGAAUGGCUCACUGUUCUCAGGGCCACGAAUGACCUAAUUAACGUGACUGGAAAUCUGUGGAAUAUGCCUGAGAAUAAUGGUCUGCAUUCAAGGUGGGAUUAUAGUGCAACAGAAGAAGCUAUGAAGGAAGUAAUGGAAACACUGAACCAGGACCCAAAAGUUCCCUGUAACUUCAGUGUGACAGCUGCUUGUUAUGAUCCUAGUAAACCACAGGCACAAGUGCAGCUGAUUCAUAGGAUCAAUCCACAGACUACGGAGUUUUGUGCUCAACUUGGCAUCACUGACAUUAAUGUCAUGCUUCAGAAGGCCAAGGAAGAGCUCCACCUGUGUGGGGAAUACGAACAGGAUGAUCUGGAGAGUAAUGACUCUGGAGAAGACCGGAGUGAGUACAACACAGACACGUCUGCCCUGUCCUCUAUUAAUCCAGAUGAAAUCUUGUUAGAUGAAGAAGAGGAGGACGAAGAUAAUGUUGUCAGCGCACACAGUGACAUGAACACACCUUCUGUAGAACCUUCUUCUGAUCAAGCUUUGGACUUUUCUGCAAGCUUUUCUGAUGUCAGGAUCUUGCCAAGUUCCAUGUUUGUGUCUUCGGAUGAUACUUCAGGUUCACUAACUGGUGGAGAGGGGAAGCCUGCUGAGACUGUGGAGUUUGGGGAGGACAAGGACUUAACUGAGUUUCCAUUGAAGAGGCUGAGUAAUGAACACGAGCCUGAACAAAGGAAAAAAAUUAAAAGGCGGAAUCAAGCCAUCUAUGCUGCAGUAGAUGAUGACAGUGAUGCAUAAUGGACUUGUCUUAGCAAUACAUCUAGAUACCUGAUGCUCAAGACCCAAGUUUUAGGGUUGGAUUUUUGAUUUAUGACUUUGUAAUAAUGAAAUGACAGAAUUUUGGUUAGAUAUCAACUUUGUCUUUAAUGUUUGUAUGGUUCAGAUAUAAAAUAUAUUAAAAUUUCCUAUGAAACUU